CUCCGGUUUGGUUUGGUUGUACGGGGAUGCUGGAGUGAAGAACGAGAAGGAGAAACAUCAGAUGAGCCUCAGCCAAUCCGAACGCUCGCUUUAAGGCAUCGAACUAUCUAGCCAAUCAGAGCGCAGUAUUUCAGGCGUUCCCAUCAACCGGCAGCUGUUUGCGCUUCACGAGUGUUUGUGCUCCUCAGAUCAGACUCCGAGACUCGGCCUCUUUCACUCCGCGGGUCACCGUGCGCUCAGUCCGCAGCAUCAGUCCGUGCUCAUCAUGCCUGACAGGGACAUCAAAUCUCCAAUCUGGCACCCGGAGCCGGAGACAGUGGAGGACGUGUUUGAUCACACGUAUAAAGAGAAAGCAGGGCCCAAGCCUCCCUCCGUCAUAGUGUGGAGAAAUGUCUUUCUCAUGAGUUUCCUGCACGUCGGAGCUCUGUAUGGACUCUUCCUGUUUCCAUCCGCCAGUGUUCUCACGUGGAUCUGGUUUUUUGCGUGUUUGUUGUUCAGUGCUCUGGGCAUCACCGCCGGCGCUCACAGACUCUGGAGUCACAGAUCAUAUAAAGCAUCAUUACCUCUCCGGAUCUUUCUCGCCUUCGCAAACUCUAUGGCCUUCCAGAAUGACAUCUACGAAUGGUCUCGAGAUCACCGCGUUCACCACAAAUACUCCGAGACGGAUGCCGACCCUCACAACGCUGUGCGAGGCUUUUUCUUCUCUCACAUCGGCUGGCUGCUGGUCCGCAAGCAUCCGGACGUCAUUGAGAAGGGACGCAAGCUGGAGCUCAGCGACCUGAAGGCUGAUAAAGUGGUCAUGUUCCAGAGGAGGUUCUACAAGUCGUCUGUGCUGCUGAUGUGCUUCUCCGUGCCGACACUCGUGCCGUGGUUGGUGUGGGGCGAGUCUCUGUGGGUGGCGUAUUUCGUCCCUGCUCUCCUCAGAUACGCGCUUGUGCUCAACGCCACCUGGCUGGUUAACAGCGCCGCGCACAUGUGGGGUAACCGGCCCUACGACGGCAGCAUCAACCCCCGGGAGAACAGAUUCGUGGCCUUCAGCGCUAUAGGUGAAGGCUUUCAUAACUACCACCACACGUUUCCCUUCGACUACGCCACCAGCGAGUUCGGCUGCAAACUCAACCUGACCACCUGCUUCAUUGACUUCAUGUGUUUCCUGGGUCUGGCCCGAGAGCCCAAGCUGGUGUCCAGAGAGGCCGUGCUGGCUCGAGCUCAGCGCACCGGAGACGGCAGCCACCGGAGCGGCUAACGAGCGCCGUCCGUCCUAACGAACUGCACACCUGAAAACAGAAGGACGUCUGCUCUUCCGGCGCUGCUUCAUGUCAGAUGACAAAUGUUGUGUUUCCCAGUCUAGCCUGUGAAGCUUUAAUACGGGGAUCUGACCUGUUUGUGUAGCGCUUAUUCCGAUCUUCUUCCUCUUCUCGACAGCAGAUGUAGAUAUUUUUGAGUCCAGUCUUGUAGCUGAUUUGCCAGUUUACUCAAACCCUGUUGCCCUCCCGGCCCUUUUUGUGCGCAUCUUACCAAAUCUAGCUGUGCAGUUUGGUAGAAAUGAACUAAGAUGCACAUCUAUUUAAUAUUCAACAGAUGCACCGUACUGCAUCUGGACUAAAUAGAGAUCAGAUGCAGACGUAGUUCAUAAUUUAAUAUUGCCAAUCUAUUUUGUUGCCAUACUUGCACAAAUGGUUCAAUUGCGUGAAUUCCAAGGAAUCUGUAUUGAUGAUUCGUGAUUAUAUUUUUUGACCACAGCACAAAUACGACAGACGUUACCGCCGAUUGAGAUCAAUUUAAUGUCUAAUCUGUAAACGCACUUAUUUGAGUAACAUUGACUUACAAUUAACAGUAAUUUCGAGGUCAC